AUGAUAAAUCUGAAUGAGGAAUAAAAGAUACAAUAGAACAAGCUAGUUAAUAUUUUUGGAUAACACACUAAAUAAGCAUUUAUAAUCUUUAUAAUGAAUGCACUUUUAAGAGUUUAAGAAAACGAUACAUUUUUUAUGUCAAUAACUUUGUAUUUAACAAUCAUAAUGUUUGUAUUUAAUUGUGUAGCUGCAGUAUUUUUACUAUGUUUCAAAAGAGAAUUUCCAAAGGUUGAAUAUUUCCUUAUAUACACAAUGAAUGUAUUUAUGUUUAUAACUCUUCUUGUUUAUUCACUCAAUUAUUUUAUUUAAAAAAAAGAAUAAGAUCAUUUACUUUAAUUAUAUAUAAAGACUUACAUAAUGAUAUUGUUAGGGAAAGUAUGUGAUUAUUUAUUAUAAAUUAAAGGAAAUAGAAAUAUUGAUAAUCAAAAUAUUUCCACUUGAAUUAACGAAUAGAUCAGUUAAUUGUUUUACAUCAUGUAUAAUAGGAAUGAUGAUUCUAUCUCAUGGAGAUAAAUAUGAAUGUUAAAAUAAAUACUCAAUGAUUCUUCUAUCACUUUUACUGACAAAUGUUUUGACAUCAAUAUUUAAUUUAGUUUUCACUUUGAUUUUAUUUAAUUAAAAUAGAUCAUAGAAAGAAUUAAGAAACUUUGCUGAGUAAUUAUAAUUUAAAUUAUAAUAGUUUGCUUUUAGCAGUAUUAUUUUUAGUUCAUAUUGUAUAAUAUAUACUUGUUUUUAUUAAAACAAAUGAUAUAAAUGAAGAAGAAUGUGAAUGUUUAAGUUUUAUAUUUAAAUUUCAAAAAUAUGUGGCACCAAUUAACUUCAUAUCGUUCUUAUUUGUGAUUUAUUAAGAGGUGCGUUACUUCAAAGAAGCAAUUAAAUAUUAAGAAUUAAUUGAAAAAAACAGUCAACAUAACAAUAUGUGUAAUUAAUAUUAAAUUAAUUAUUUUAGAUAGUGCAGGCAUAUAAAAUUAAUAAACAUUAAAAUAAGGAGUCAGACAUUCUAUUAAAAGUCUAAGUUCAGUUGUUAAUCCAAUGGAAGCUAGUCAGAGUAAUUCCUAAGCUCCAAAUUUUGGAACGUAAGUUAUUUAAGUUAAUUAGAGUGAGAAGUAAGGAUAAUAAUUAGAAAAAUUGGGAACUAGUUAAUUUGGAGCUUCAUAACAUAAUCAAGGAAUGUUACAUUCUUGGGCUAAUGUAUAAAAUCCUAAUCCUUUUGGUACUACUGUGAAAGAACAAUAAGAUAGUAAUGAACAUCAAAACAAAGGAAGCAAAUCUGUUGAUGAAAGUUUAAUCAGAUAAGAGGAAUCUCAAAUUCCAGAAAAUUUAUCUCAAGUUAACAACCCUAUGGAAUCUGGUAGUGUGGUUACUAUUCAUUGA